AUGGCGCAGUGCAAUCCACCAGAUAUCCAACCAGUUCAGCCAGAAAGUAAAAGCUUCGAUGAUUUUCUGUUUAAAAUAAAGACAGAAACGAAGGCAGAGGUAAAUAAUUUCUUGUCGCGCGGUAUAAGAACGGAUAACGAGAAUCCAGAGAAUCCUCUUCUGAAGCAACUUGAAAACGCUCUCCAGAAGAGGAACGUUAUUGAAGUAUGGAAACUGAUAGUCGAGACCAAGGAGCAAGAUAAGGAUGCCAUACUUGAAGGCCUAAGCGAUGUGUGGAGAUCCAUCGCGGAAGAGGAGAACAUUAAAGAGGAUGGGUGCUCUUGGAAAUGUGUCUUUCAUUUUUCUUGUGGGAAACUGUGUACCUUGUUCUGCUCAAUAAAAAGCUGGAUCACACUCUCAUAUAUUGAGGACGAUAGCGAUCAAAAGGAAGGAAUACCAAGCGAAGAAGAACAGACUUGGAUCAGAGUACUGAGCAACCCGCUGUAUAUUAGUCUAGAAUAUCUCUGGAGAAUGAAUCCCAAGUCAAACCAACAAACAAACCCAGAAACAAACAAACGAACCAGACGCAGAGGAAGUAAGUCAACAGACGUAAUUGAAGCAGCCCUUGACGAUUCUUACCUUCUUGAGAAAGUGGCCGCUUAUGAACAUCACUACAGCCGAGAUGAAUACUUGGGUCGUGCAAAGGAAUAUGAACAAUUUGCCGUUGAUAUCAUCGAGCAAGCCGGUGCCUCACAGCUUUAUAAAAUCAUUGAUAUCGAAGGAAAAGGACCAUUACUAAAUGAGACGCCGAAAGAUUUUAUUCAAAGUCUCAGUCUGUUAAAGAAAGCAGCAGAUAAACAGCGGAAGUUGGUAAGAUUGUCAAAACUUUUUAAGUUUAUUGAAAUACAGUAUUUGAAGUUCUUUGAUUGCAGAUUCAACCGUUUUAAAAUAGCUAUAAACGACAAAAAUGUCACUUUGACAGAAAGUGAAAUAUAUAGUUAUGGUAAACUAGCUUCCUGUUGUUUCCGUUUCGAAGAACCCACAAAACAAAUUCGCUUUUGUUCAAAUUCCGGGAAAUGAAAAUGAUCUCGGUAGACUAGCUCUAAGAAAUGACGUCAAAGGUUAAACUUUGAAAUAUUUAUUCACGUGAAGUAAAAUAAGUGUAUAACAGUAUUAUCGUUUGAUCGCGGGUUCUUGUAGUCUGGAAAAAUUGGUUACGAAAGAAUUCAUGUCAGAACGUUAAGUUUCAAGUCCUAACAAGGCAGAUUUAACCAUUUUCCUGUCCUCAUCGUCCUUUUGCUAUUGUAACCUCGAGUUUUCCGAAAUCUGCCUGCCCCAGCCAAGCACUACGGCACCUUUGAUGUUUUUGCCGAUUUCCAAAAAUCUUACAAACCCUAAAAGUUAGGGUCGCACUAGGAAAAGUGUCUCGUUGAUAGAUUUUGACCGCAAGGUAAACAAAUUCUCGUAAAACUUUGCCAAGUGCGACCUAUGCCUAAGAAAUCAAUGAACCAUAACGUCUAAACAUUUUCACUCAAAAUACGCUAAAAAACUCAAACUGCGAUCGAAAUAUCAGUAUUUUUAGCCUUUUCGGGUAUUUUUAAUUCCUAAAGGCAAGAAGUCUCCUUCACAGCCGUUGUUUGCUCUCGUCGUGGGGAAUAGAGCUCGUUGCGUGAUAAGACUAAACAACUGCUGCGAAGGAGACUAAAGAAAAAGCACGCAGUUAUCAAAUCCCUUUGAAUAUGCACUGAAAAGGGCCUCCAUAGAAAGAUCAGCAACGAAUUAGCAUAUAAUUCAGUGUACAUUAUCCAAAAAAAGCGUAAUAGAUAACUCACUUGACAGAUUAAAGCUAAUAUUUUGUUUGAACUCUAUAUAUAUUUACUGUUUUAUAAUAGAAUUGUUUUUAAUUUUCAGUUCGUGGCGAGUCCCAAGUGCCAGUAUAUUCUCAAUGAGAUCAUUUAUCUUGGCUGGCGAAAGUGGCGGGAUGAAGGAUUCAUGACAAAAGCUAUGUUGUUUCUUGUUCAAUUUCUUCUUGUCUCCCUCGCCAGUAUAGUAUACAUUCCUCUACGACUGAUUCGCAGAUGCCGCUGUCGUGGGCAAUUUGAGGACAGAUGCUUCUGGAAAUUUAGGAAACUUUACGAACAUCCCUAUUCAAAGUUCAUCAACCAGACGAUGUCUUACGUGCUGUUCCUUUGCCUAGUCUUCGCCUCGUCUUAUCAGAAUGAGUUUAAGAUAACACGAGAAGGUCCUGAGAUGGUGACAAUUGGUAAGUAAGAUAUCUGCUAGGGCUUUGUUUCCAUAGACCCCUUCAAAGCUGUAAGUACAGUAUGGAUAAUCAGCACAGGCUAUAACAAUAAGACGGGAUACUGCGGCCACGCUCUGUAGGAAAAGAAAUACAGAGAAUUUCAGAUUUCACAGAUAGUUUGGAGCACACGGAAGUUCUUAACGGCUCAUUUUUAACGAGUAACCAAUUUUCAUUUGUUCUGACAAGCACCCCAAACAUACACAGCUCAUUAGAAACUCUAGCUUGAGUCGCUAAGAAGAAGCUUUAUAAUCAAACUACCAAAGUAUUUUACAUGAGAAGAUGAGUAUGGUAUUCUUUGGGUGACGAUAGAUUUGGCUUCAUUCUUGCGAGAGCUUGGCUAAAGGGGAAGGCAACACGGGCUGGAGUAGUAAAAUAUAAGGGAAACAUUAUACCAGAGCGCAAAUAUCUUAGUGCACUCAGAGCUAUUUUAUGGUGAAGAAACCUUUUGGCAUGUAAUAUAUGAGUCGUAUCAUGCAGUUGUUAAUUUUCCAAUUUGGAUAAAGCAUCUGCUUAGUUUUAAAUUUAGGUGAUGUCGUCACAUACUGGUUUCGGAGGGAUAACGACAACAUUUUUCAGUAGAACCAGCCGUCGCACAGAGGUCAAUUUGUGUUAGGUAAAGCUUGAAAGCUUUGCUUUUUUUUUAACAGACUACGCUGUUCUUGCCUUUGUAUUUGGUCUACUUCUGCAGGAGUUAAACGAGCUCUGCAGGCAGGGCAUCUUUAAUUACUUUUCAAAAUGGUGGAAUGUUGUUGCCACAGUCAUUGUCUUCACAUUUCUGUCGUCCUACAAAGUCUGGGUGGGUGCAUGGGGAUCUUACGGAGGGUGGAAACCUGAGAAACAAGCGUUUAUCGUGGCUGACGCCAUUUAUGCCAGUGGCUCUGUGGUGGCAUUUUUCCACUUGGCGCACAUUUUCCAAGUCCAUUCAACGCUGGGUCCCUUGCAACUGUCCCUCUAUAAAAUGUUGAAAGAUGUCCUCAAGUUUCUUGCCAUCUUCCUUCUUCUUUAUAUAGCAUUCACCACGGGCGUGGCCAAGAUUUACUCGUACUAUGUCGUCUCUCAGAUAGAGCUGCAUAAACAGAACGCCACCAGUCAUCCCCAGGUGUCUCAUCCAUAUGCAAUGUACGUAUACUUGUGCAAAUACAAUACUAAUCAAAGGGGGCAAGUUUCUAAGAAAACUGUAGUGCUGCGUCGUUGAGGGGCAUUACAAGAUAAUUUGGUUCUGUCAACAUACAAUUAAUAUGUUGAUGAUGUAAAUUGGCCACCAGAAAGACCUUCUACAGCUGACAUUUCGAGCGUUAUCUUUUCUUCAUUGGCUCUGACGAAGGGCUAAUGCUCCAAAUAUCAGCUUCUGAAGCUCUUCACAGUGGUCAAUUGAUUACCUUAGCGAAGUGUUGAUAGAACCAAAUUGCCUUACCUUACUUAUGUUUGCUUCACAGCUCGUAAAUCUCACAAGAUUUUAAUUUUUUUUCGGUAAAAGUCUCUCUCAUUUGUCAGAUAUAUAAGAUCAUAAAUGAAUAGAGAGGGAAAGAUUCUAAAGAAACUGCGGUGCUGCGUCGGUAGCGGAGUAUAAUAACAUAAUUUUGGUUUUAUCAACUGAGUUGAUAAGGUAAAUUGGCCACCAGAGUUUCAAAGCUGACGUUUCGAACGUUAGCGUUAGACGUUUCGCUCUGACGAAGAGCUAACGCUCGAAACGCCAGCUUUGAAACUCUUUACGGUGGCCAAUUUACAUUACCUAGUAACAUCACACCCGAUCAGAAGCUGAACACCAGGGAGACACGACCAUCAUUUGAAUUUAGAAAGCAGUUUAGUCAUGUUCAGAUGAAUACUCGGCCGUCACAAGUAACAACCUAUGUCCUGCGUCAACCGAGCCUUUACAGAAGAUCGACGAUUCAGUUACGUUGAAAGUGACAGAGGUUAUCGUACCUAAUCAUCAACCAAGCCUUUCUUUCUCAAAUCUUGUAUUCGUCUCAUUUGUUUUCAGGCACACAAAAACCUUCCUCGAAAUGUUCUGGCUGUUGCUUGGUCUCGUGGAAGAAGACAAAAUCUGGGUUAAGGAUCCCGCUUUUUCCCUCACCUCCACCUUUGGCCACCUUUUUGUUAUUGCCCAUGUGAUUUGUACAGUCAUUGUAGCUUUGAACAUGCUGAUCGCAAUGAUGAACAACUCUUUCAACAGGAUCAUGGUGAAUAUUUUUUUUCUUUGGCAAUGGUUCCAAAUACGUCGGCUACUCGUAGAUUCAAAAGACAUAAUCGCCUGAUCACAAGCUUUUCAAACUUGUUCUCUUGGUCACUGAUAGCUCUCUUUCCGAAAAACACUUUAAGAAUACAUCUAAUUGGCUUUCCACAAUUGAAAGUCUUUAGAAAAAAAAACAUACACACACAGGAACAACAAGAUUAGUGGCAAAUGAUUUUGGUAUGUCGAACUUAAGGAGCACCAACUGUAGGCAAUGUGUUUUUGAAUCAUGACUAAUGUAGGUUUCGCUAAAGCAAUAGAACACAUUUUUCUUCAUUCUCAGGAAAACGCAGAUGUGGAGUGGAAGUUUACAAGGACUCAGAUGUGGUUGGAAUGGAUCGAUAGAAUAAAUAAUGUUCCCGUGCCGUUCAACCUCUUGUACUUCAUACUGCGCUGUUUAUUUUCAGAAUGCUUUAAAAAGUGUUGCUGCGAAGGUGUAAGUGGCCAACAUAGCAGAAAUAUUUAUUUGCGAGUGGAAGCCAAAGGUGUGAAUGAGCGGCACAAUCGAGGGGAGUUAGGAGCUUCACUGUUUACUGAAUGAGACCCAGAGUAAGAUCAAUUUAUUUCUUCAAUCUUUUUCGAUGGAGCGAUUGUCACAUCAGGAAACGGUUAGUUACAUGACAAGCAAGCCGCGGAUCUUGCCAUUAAAUUGUUUCAAGUUAAAUGGUUAAUAUCAUUGAUUAAGGGAUACUUUUAUGACUGGAUAUCACCAAUAUCACCUGAAAAAAAUUAAAAAAUCUGAAUUUGGAAUUCUCCUCCAUAGACAAUACCUUCAAUUAAAUGCAAUUUCGGUAACAUUUUGUGUUUUUUUUAGAGACAAACUGACUUUGAGCGGGGAAAUGGUUACAGUGUUGCAGAUUUCCCGUCACCAGAGGAGGUUAGAUGUAACUUAUAUAUAAUUAAUAGGUGACAAGACAUAAGCAUAUUUGAAUCACAUAAUUAGACCAACAAAUUGAGUAUCUGGUGUUUGUCACUCUUUUUUUAUCAUUGAGUAACUCCUCUAAUUAUUUGCGGAGUUUCUUAUUCGCUUUGCGCACAGCCAGUUUGAAAUAGCUCGUCCGAUUACUCUCUUCAUUAUCACCAUCAUGAUCAUUGUUAUCAUCUUUAUCUUUGUCUUCAUAAUUAGGUGUCCCAUGUUACAACACACCUACUGCCUCCCCCUGCCUGUCUCACUGUCAGUCUGCAAGAUGGCAUAGACACAUUGGCAAUUAAUAAUAUUGGAAGAUACAAAGACAGGAAAGAACAUCAAACACGUUGCUCUGGAGAAAAGUCCCAACUGAUUGUGUCAAGGAUU